UGAUAUGAAUUUGGUGGGCGUGAGAUUGAUAGGCCCGGAAUUGAUUCGCUGCUAAUUCUUGAUAUCAAAAAGUGGAUCAGGGUUCGUUAGGGUUUCAGAUUCAAGAGCUAUAAUGUCUGACGCUGAAAAUCAAACCUCCUUGAAAAAUGACGAUCGUCGUGGUCCAAAGCCCGACAGGGGCAACCGCGACAAGUUCGAUUCUCAUGGAUCUGAUUAUGAGAGGCUAAGGAUGAGAAAGCGAGAUGGAGAGAGGAAAACUUAUCAUGCACACCAUCAGAAGGACUUUAAAAAUGGAGGCUUUAGAAGAAAAAGCUAUGACAAUUAUAAUCGUCAUCAGAACUAUGAUUAUGACAGGCAUCGAGGUCAUGUUCGAGAUGGAGAAAUGAGGCAUGGAUAUGGAAGACGAUCAAGUUACAGAUCCAGGGGGGAAUCUAGAUCUCGCUCCAGAUCCCCGUCUCAUUCAGAAAGCAAAAGGAUCAGUGGUUUUGACAUGGCACCACCAUCUGUUGCUGGAGCACCUGCUGCUGUGGUUGAUAGUGCAGGGCAAAUCCCGGGGAUCACUCAGCCAGUAACUCUGCAGAAUGUGCCAUCAUUCGGAAUGCCACAGGUUGGAGCUCUUUCCUUAAUGUCAGUUCAGCCUAUGAUGCAGCAGGCUACAAGGCAUGCACGACGAGUUUAUGUUGGUGGGCUUCCCCCUUUGACUAACGAGCAGGCAGUUGCAGCAUUCUUUAGUCAUGUUAUGGUAGCUAUUGGAGGGAAUUCUGCUGGUGCAGGUGAUUCUGUUGUCAAUGUAUAUAUUAAUCAUGAGAAGAAAUUUGCCUUUGUGGAGAUGAGAACUGUUGAAGAAGCUAGCAAUGCAAUGGCAUUAGAUGGAAUCAUAUUUGAGGGAGUUGCUGUGCGGGUUCGUAGGCCUACAGACUAUAACCCUUCAGUCGCUGCCGCUCUAGGUCCGAGCCAACCAAGUCCAAACCUUAACUUAUCUGCUGUUGGGCUUGUUGCAGGUGCUAUUGGCGGAAGUGAGGGACCUGAUCGCGUCUUUGUUGGUGGGCUACCAUACUACUUUACUGAAGAACAAAUAAAAGAAUUGCUCCAAGCUUUUGGGCCUCUCAGAGCUUUUGAUCUAGUUAGAGAUAAAGACACUGGAAAUUCUAAAGGAUACGGUUUCUGCUUUUAUCAGGAUCCAGCCGUAACAGACAUUGCUUGUGCCUCUCUGAAUGGCCUUAAAAUGGGUGACAAAACGCUGACUGUUCGGCGUGCCACAGUCUGUGUACAGUCUAAAACAGAACAGGAGCAUAUCUUUGCACAGGCACAACAGCAUAUUGCUAUGCAGAAAAUAGCCAUGGAAGUUGGUGGGCCAAAUAUUCCAGAAGUGGGAAGAGCAUUAACCAAGCUUGAUGAAAAUGCUACCAAAGUUUUAUGCUUAACAAAGGCCGUCACUGCUGAUCAACUAAGGGAUAAUGAAGAGUAUGAAGAAAUACUGGAAGACAUGCGGGAUGAAUGCUGCAAAUUUGGGACCUUGAUAAAUGUUGUUAUCCCACGUCCAAAUGGCACCGGUGAGGCUUACCCAGGUGUUGGAAAGGUAUUCUUGGAAUAUUCUGAUAGUACGGGAAGUUUGGCUGCAAAAAAUGCACUAAAUGGGAGGAAAUUCGGAGGCAAUGCUGUGAGCGCCUUCUAUUAUUCAGAAGAAAAAUAUUAUAGCAUGGAGUAUGAUGAUGUAUAAGUAAUAGGUUGUCUCUAUUACUGUAAAGUAGCAAUGUUUCCAAACACAAGUCAUAUGAUGAGCUGUAAUUACUGGAUAAUUUGGUAAUCUUUCAUUUCAAAAAGAGCAAAUUUAUCUUCAUCGGAUGCUUGCCUAAGUAAGGCGCGAUAUGUAACUAUUAUUAAUGGGGGAACAGCGGGGAAAAGCUGGUCAUUGGCUGGGGUUGGCACCUUUUA